CUCAUCUCAAAAUGCUGAACUGCUCCUUCCAAGUAGCGGGUGCUUUAGUAGUUGGAGUCUGUUCUCGGGCCUGAGCCUCGAGGCCAGGCUCCUGGGUGUCGUUGAUGUUCGGGGCCGCCGGGCGCCAACCGAUCGGAGCUCCAGCCGCCCGGAACAGCUGGCAUUUCAGUAGAACCAUGGAGGAACUGGUUCAUGAUCUUGUCUCAGCUUUGGAGGAGAGUUCAGAGCAAGCUCGAGGAGGAUUUGCUGAAACUGGAGACCAUUCUCGAAGUAUAUCUUGCCCUCUGAAACGCCAGGCGAGGAAAAGAAGAGGGAGAAAACGGAGGUCUUAUAAUGCUCAUCACCCUUGGGAGACUGGUCACUGUGUAAGUGAAGGCUCUGAUUCCAGUUUAGAAGAACCAAGCAAGGACUACAGAGAAAACCAUAAUAAUAAUAAAAAAGACCAUAGUGAUUCUGAUGACCAAAUGUUAGUGGCAAAACGCAGACCAUCAUCAAACUUAAAUAAUAACGUUCGAGGGAAAAGACCUCUAUGGUAUGAGUCUGAUUUUGCCAUGGACAACCUGGGGAACAGAACUCUGCGCAGGAGGAGAAAGGUCAAACGCAUGGCAGUCGACCUCCCACAGGAUAUCUCCAACAAAAGGACAAUGACCCAGCCACCUGAAGGGUGUAGAGAUCAGGACAUGGACAAUGAUAGAGCUUACCAAUAUCAAGAAUUUACCAAGAAUAAAGUCAAAAAAAGGAAGUUGAAAGUAAUUAAACCAGGACCAAAAGUCCAAGAUGAAGGAGUAGUUUUAGAAAACGAGGAAAUAAGCCAGACCAAUAAGGAUAAAAUGGAGUAUGAAGAACAGAAAGUCUCAGACGAGCUCAUGAGUGAAAGUGAUUCCAGCAGUCUCAGCAGCACUGAUGCUGGUUUGUUUACCAAUGAUGAGGGAAGACAAGGUGACGAUGAGCAGAGCGACUGGUUCUACGAAAAAGAAUCGGGUGGAGCAUGUGGUAUCACUGGAGUCGUGCCCUGGUGGGAAAAAGAAGAUCCUACUGAGCUAGACAAAAACUUACCAGAUCCUGUUUUUGAAAGUAUUUUAACUGGUUCUUUCCCCCUUAUGUCGCAUCCGGGGAGAAGAGGUUUCCAAGCUAGACUCAGUCGCCUUCAUGGAAUGCCUUCAAAGAAUAUUAAAAAAUCUGGAGCGACUCCAGCUUCAAUGGUGCCCACUCCUGGUCCCGUCAGUAACAAGAGGAUGGUUCACUUUUCCCCUGAUUCUCACCACCAUGACCAUUGGUGUAGCCCUGGGGCUAGACCAGAGCAUGGCCAGCAUCAGCUUCUGAGAGAUAAUCGAGCUGAAAGAGGACACAAGAAAAAUUGUUCUGUGAAAACAGCCAGCAGGCAAACAAGCAUGCAUUUAGGAUCCUUAUGCACGGGAGAUAUCAAACGGAGAAGAAAAGCAGCACCUUUGCCUGGACCUACUACGGCAGGUUUUGUAGGUGAAAAUGCCCAGCCAAUCCUCGAAAACAACAUUGGAAACCGAAUGCUUCAGAAUAUGGGCUGGACCCCUGGGUCAGGCCUUGGACGAGACGGCAAGGGGAUCUCUGAACCAAUUCAAGCCAUGCAGAGGCCAAAAGGAUUAGGACUUGGAUUUCCUCUUCCAAAAAAUGCUCCUACAACUGCUACGCCCAGUUCAGGAAAACCUACCUAAGAGGAAGAGCAAAGGAGUGUUCUACAGUUUGCAUUCACGAUUUCCUUGUGCUCUAAAAUGUUAACCCAGCUUCUGUUUUCGAAGCCGACAUCGACUUUGCCUCGAGCUCAUCACCUUCGCUUCCUAACUGCAUACAGUCCUGCCAGUGAUAGAAAUGGGAUUUCAUCACAGUUCAUGGUGCUACAGUGAAAACUUUUACCCUUUCAUUUCUUCCCGUAAUCACCACUAUUUCUGGGUGUUAGAAACAGCUCGUUUUCUCUUAUUUAUUUCGAUCUCGUUUGUCAGUACGUUCUAGUGCUUUGCUUGAUCCAGGUAUGUGUGCGAUGCCCUCACAAAUGUGUUUCUGAAAUGAGACAGGCCGGAAAGGGUCUCAGUUCUACCUUCCCCAUCUAUCGUAACCCAAAGGACCUGUCGAUACAGCAAUGAAGUCCUACGCGAAUGUUUGUUUGAAAGGCUUAAUGAUUUCCGAUUCCUUGAAUUUGGCCUUUCUGUGAGGAUUUUCCAACAGAGCGAUACCCAUUCAUUUCUCUAUCCUUGGGCAAUGCAGUAUGGAGUUCACAGUUGACAAACGGCAACUCGUGUUUCCCUCGGACAUUCUGACAAAAAUAAACCUCACCAUUGUUAUCACCAGAGUGCCCUCAACAUUACUUUAAUGCAGAUUUUAUAAAUUUUACCUCAUUUAGAACCUAAAAUGAUUAUUGAAAGAAAAAUGUAUUUUUUAAAUUCACCAUGACUGAACUGUAAAUUCUAUUAAUCCAGACUUAGUUCUACCUCUCUGUUCCCAAAGACUGAUUUCUUUUUUAAGAUCAACUCAGAUGUAGUAAACUGAUUUUAAAUUUUAAUCAUUAAGUUUUUACAGUGUUGAAUCAAUUUGUAUGAAGAUUUAAAUGGCUCUUCCAAGAACUCAGAUUUCUGGCAAUGGCCCAACCCGUUUACAGGGUGAACAAGAAAAGUAAAUGGGGUAUCAUGGUAAGAAGACAGGCCGCGUAGGGAAUUACAGACUGCCAGAUGAGUUGCUCUUUAAGCACUCUUACUGAAUAAGGUAACACUGUGGUGCGAUUACUUUCUCCACGUUUGUUAUUUAGAAAGUUGCCAUUUUUGUUAAGUAAUGUUUUGAAAUGCUGGUUCUAUCUAAGAGGAGAUUACAUCCAGAUUUUAAAACUACCUUGUGCUAGCGUAUUGUGCAUGAGCAUCCAUUCUAAAGUCUGGUUUUUUGUUUUGUUCUGUUCUAUUUUAUUUCCAUUAUGUGAAAACCUGAAAAUCCUACAAUUUUGAAAAACUGAAUUUUGAGCCAUUGGUAAUGAGGUUAUUCUGAGACUGGUCCCAGACUCCUGAGGACCCAACCUCUCUGUGUCACUUUACUGUGUGCUGCUGAAUGCAAAACCCUCGUGAAGAGCAGCACAUACGCAGAACUGGCGUGGGGAACUCCGUAAUCAAGGAGCGUAGGCCGUGAACACUACUGCCACAUUCCAAUGACAUCCUAAUCUUGUGACUCAACCCUUCUAAAAUGCUCACUUAGCAUCUCUAACCCCUCCCAAAAUACUUCUUUCUAUCUUCCACUAGUAGGAGAAAGUUUAUAAUGUUGACACCUACAAUCCCAUAUGUGGCUCGCAGAGAACAUAAAAUAUUUUAUUAAAGUGUUUGACUGUACAGACUUUAUGAAUCAACAUUUAAGGCAGAGAAGUGACACCAUCCCGAGUUUUCCUAUACUCACACAGGCAUGUGUUCAGUCUCGAGUCCUACAGAAAAUUCAAUGUAAAUCUGAUGUUUUGAUUGUGCCCUUUUUUUUGGAGAGGUUUUUGCCAUAGUGUGCGUGCACUCGCCAGAAACACAGAGACAGAGAGAU